AUGGAAGUUCAGCGACCACUAAAUGAAUUUCAUUUAUAUCCCAAGCUUCCACUGGAACUUCAGGAUAUGAUCUGGAAGUUCUACAGCGCCUCAUUGCCUGACGUUCGCCACGAUCUCCACAAGCAUAAAAAUCGAGAUGAUGGUUCUACAACCUACCACUACAUGCGCUAUUAUCCCAAGGUUCUGGCCAAUAUAGAGACAAAGUUUCUUAUGAAGGAGGACGGAUUUUCAUCAGUUCAUGGAGCUUUGGCCAUGCCUAAAGCCGUUUUCUCCGAACAUCCUCAUCGAGUUGGUUACCCUGGAUCGAGAAACGAAGAGCCAUUAUAUGUCGCCGUUAAUUACGAAAAUGAUAUUUUCUCUUUUGCCAAAGCUUGCUGUCACUAUUACUACAUGGAAGAAUCGUAUGGAGAGCAGAUCGCAAACUGGUUCGGUCUCCCUGCGCAGCUCAUGAAGGAUCACGUUGAAGCACCGAAAGGUGAAACUCAGCUGGGAAUCUUCUCCGCUCGUCGACUGGCUUUUGGAAUCCAGGUAGUCUGGCACCCUUCACUCCCCACUUUCACAGAUUUCGACCUUCAGUUGCUACGGAAGUUCAAACGACUCAAGGAAAUCUUCAUUAUUGUCCUGGAACUCUCUGAGGUUCCAACCGCUAUCCGCAAUCGAGUAUCACCGCGACCAGAAGACCACCCUGUGUACGGAGGGUAUAUGGUUAUCGCGCACCUUGACGACACAGAGACUGCCCAGCUCUUAGCAGCCCAUGAUAACAGAAUUAGAGUUACAUAUGCUCUCGAUCUCGAAUGGCGGUCUGAUCCUUUCGUAGAGUUUGAUAUAUUCCAGCAAUAA